AUACCCUUUAAUUAUGUCAAAAGAGAGAAGCUUCAAAAAUAGUUCUGGACAAGCUAAAUACCCAAAUAUUAAUGAAUUUUCAGACCUAAGGGACUUUUUAAAGAAGCCAGAUAGUGGUCUACAGCUACCUGGAAUUAACAAGAAGAAAAUAAUGGAUCAACAUAACAGGACUUAUUUGACACCUCUCGCACCUGUCAUAAAUAAUAGAUUAUCAAGUAGGGCUAAUAGGCCUAGGAGGAAAAAGCAGAGAGUUAGGAAUGAACGAUCAGCUCUUCCACGUCCCAUCACAGGAGUUUGUACUUACUAUAAAGUCACCAAGGGAGAUAAAUAAUAACAUCCGGAUGAUAAAGGCUAAGAAUUUGAUAAAAUAACAGCACAUCUGGGAACAAGCCAUAUUUCCACUGCUUAAAUGACACUAGUUGUAUUUCAAAGAAAGAGAAAGAUUUUGAUGCAGGAAUGGGAACAUUCUCUAAUAGCUACAUUAACAAUAGGGAGUUUCUAAAGCAAUCAUUGUCACCUACAAAUCCAGGAACUGUUCGGUUCUUUACCAAGCCACAGAAAGCAAAAGAAUUUGAUGAUGAAUUUAAAAGGCAUUUUCGCAAAUACAAACUAGAUGAAAACAAAAUGGUUCAGAAACUUAGCGUUCGAUUUAGAGUGAAAAAGAGUAGAGGAAUUCGACGUGUGGUACUAAAUAAGACUGCAUUAUAAUCUUCCUCAAUGAGGGAACUAGAAGUAAAAUC